CGUUGUCGUUGCAUCGAGUGUGGCAGGCACAACCCGACGCCCGAAUUAUUACCCCGAUUUCACCGUGUCUGACCAAAUUGUUUGUUGGCACUGCAUGACUUGAAGUAUCACCAAGUUACGAGCACAUCGCUUCGAGAUGACCUCGUAGAGGACACACGAUCACAUCAGCAGCCAUGGUACGAUUGACGAUAACACCCGCUGUAGCCCAAGGUCAACAGAAGCUGGCUGAGGUCAGAUUCGGACGGCGAAUCGCGGCGACACCAGAGGACACAGAGCAGGAAACCAGAGCAGGUAGUGUCAGCAAGACCGCAGCAACAGUCAAAGCCGAGGAGCCGACUCUUGGCGACUAUGUGAUCGGAGACCCCAUUACGCACAGCCAGAUAUUAGAUUUGUGGAAAAGUCUGAAGACGGAAGGCAUCGAGAGAUUCAGUUUGGAGGAAUUGUUGCGAGGCGCCAGGGUUUACAUACCCCCGCCACCUCCAAAGCCUGAACCAUCCGCCGAGUACAAAGCCCUGAUGGCCCGUCUGCGACGCGAGGAAGAAGAACGAACAUACCAGCGAAUGAUGAAGCAACCGUCCCGGAUGGAGGCCUUUUCCCAGCAGUUUCCCAGCGCCGUUGCCCGAGCACACGCCUUUGCCGAAGUAAACCGCCCUAUGAACGAAGCAGACAAUGGCGAUGACGAAGUGACGCUCGGGGACGUGCAGAAGCAGAUGAUGGUCAUUCUCAACUUUCUCAUAAGCAUCAUUGGUGUCGCGGCCACCAUCUGGAUAGCGGCUCGGUGGUGGAAUGUCACUGCUCGAAUAUUCUUGACACUUGGAGGCGCCAUUCUGGUCUUGAUAGCAGAGGUCGCCGUGUACUCGGGCUAUGUUUGGAGGAUAGGGGAGGCCAAGUCCAAGACGAAAGAACCGGAAGAAAUCAGAGAGGUGAUGCAGUCGUGGGUGCUGGGUAAGGAGAGCAAGGGAGAGCCAGCCGAUGAAGCGACUACCCUUCUUGAUACGAAAUCACAAGAUACAGACGAAGGCAUACGGCGAAGACUAAAGGGGCUUUCAUAAGGAGUAGAAUCAAGGAAAUACGAAGGUUCUGGGCAGCAUCACUUGCGACGUUCAGACGUGCCGGCAAAUCGUUGUGGUGCGUCUUAUUGCGACAGCCCCAUGUAAGGCCAGAGAAUGCCCCAUAAAUGCUUUUCUAGGUUAUUA